GGGGCCUAGACAAAAUCCCUUUUCUGUAAGCGUUAAUGCCAACAGAAAAAUCAAAUUGUAUGGAUUUGACAUUUGCUAACUCGAUGUCACGUGACUGCUGCUAAAUUGGUAGACAAAGUCAUUAUUCCUCAUGCGGAAAGGAACGUUGGAGUGAGCGUAAAACGUAAACGCCAAAAAUUUUCAUCAAAAUGGUAGACAAGUGGCACUUUUGACAAACGCUAGUGAUAUUUUGACGUUUCCGCGACACGCUCUGUUAGCGGGAGGUCGGUCCCUGACGCUAACUGUGAGAAGGAGUAAACAUUGUUAUUUUUGUUGUGAGUUUAAGUUAAAUUAAGUAGUGAAAAUGCAUUCCUUACGAUUAUUUUGGUCAGCAAAUAAUGAAGCAGCAUUGCAAAGACGUCAAACGAGAUUAGAUCGGCGUAAACUGGACGAAAUUGUAAAUAUACCAGAUUUAGAAUUUGUUCAUCGAUUUAGGUUAGACAAACAAACAUUUCGGAGUCUUUGUGAUGAUUUGCGGCAUUUAACCUCAUUAAAAGGCACCCGGGAGAUUAGCUUACAACUCAAGGUUUUGUGUACUCUCAGCUUUUUAGCUACGGGUUCAUAUCAACGCAUUGUUGGACUAUCGCAGCAUUUGGUGCAAAGAACUGCCAGUAGGUGCAUACGACAGGUUGUUGAUGCAUUGAGCCACCCAGCCAUUAUAAAUAAAUGGAUUGUGUUUCCGAGGUCGCCACAACAACGAGCCCAAAUAAGACUUGAGUUUCAGCGGCGGUUUAGACUCCCGGGUGUAGUUGGAUGCAUAGACUGCACCCACAUAGCAUUAGUCAAGCCAUCAGAAGAUGAGCAUUUAUAUUUUAACCGAAAAGGUUAUCAUUCAUUGAAUGUACAAAUGGUAUGCGACAGUAAUUUAAAAAUUAUAAAUGUCAAUUCAAAGUUUGGAGGAGCCACCCAUGACUCAUUCAUAUGGGCAUCUAGCAGAAUGGAAACAUUUAUGCGAGAGUUGCACCAAAAUGGAGAACAAGUGUGGUUGUUAGGUGAUUCUGGGUAUCCACAGCGGCCAUGGCUGAUGACUCCAAUAUUAAAUGCAGUUCCUGGCUCUGUUGAAGAUACGUAUACUCAGCGACAUGUACAAGCAAGGAACUGUAUAGAACGCUGUUUUGGAUUGCUGAAGUCACGUUGGAGGUGCUUGUUAAGACACAGGACCUUACAUUACCAUCCUACGGUUGCUGGGAAUAUUGUACUUGCCUGUUGUGUGUUACACAACAUGGCUUUAGAGGCUAAUUUACCUUCUCCACCUGUAAUGGAAGUAGAAGAUGAUGCGCAGCAUAAUAAUGCGUCUGACAGUGUUGGUGCUGCUAGCAACCAAAGUGAGUUGCUUCAAGGCAGGGCAGCACUUAGUAAUCUUUUGUCGAGACUUAAUUAGUGUGUAAUUUUGUAAAAUGUAACGUAGCAAAAUUAAAAAGGUUUUAUAUUCUUUACAA